AUGAGACCUCAAACCUCGUACACAAACCACACCAUUUCCACAAACCCAUAUCUCAAACUUCUCAUUUUGCUCAUUCUACAAACUACCCUUGACAUCAACCAGAUCAAUCAUUACUACUCUGAGGCCAAGAUGCUAGCUUUACCACUCAAAUCACAAGUUAUUCCAUCUGGGUAUCUCCCAAGACCACCCAAUAAGCUUCGGUUUCACCACAAUGUAAGCCUCACUGUCUCCAUCACAGUUGGCAAACCUCCACAGAACGUGUCCAUGGUCAUUGACACAGGAAGCGAGCUUUCAUGGCUUCACUGCAACAACACCACCACCACCACCAAUUCCACCACCGCCCCUAUCAGCCGGGUCUUACCCGACCCGUUUUUUAACCCGACCCGAUCUUCCACCUUCUCACCCAUCUCUUGCUCCUCACCCACCUGCACGAUCCGGACCCGGGAUUUCCCCAUUCCCGCUUCCUGUGACUCCAACAACCUAUGCCAUGCCACUCUCUCGUACGCUGAUUCUUCUUCCUCUGAAGGGGAGCUCGCUUCUGACACAUUCGGGUUCGGGGGAUCCGAUAACCCGGGAAUUGUAUUCGGGUGCAUGAACUCGAGCUAUAGCAGCAACUCCGAUGAAGACACCAACACAACCGGGUUAAUGGGUAUGAAUCUCGGGUCACUGUCUUUAAUUUCCCAGCUAAAGAUACCCAAAUUCUCGUACUGUAUAUCGGGUUCAGAUUUCUCGGGCAUUCUAAUUCUCGGAGGGUCCAAUUUCUCAUGGGUCGGGUCAUUGAACUACACACCAUUGGUUCAAAUCUCUACACCCUUACCCUACUUCGACCGGGCAGCAUACACGGUUCGGCUCAAGGGAAUCAAGGUUUCAAAUAAGUUACUUAAUAUAUCGGGUACCAUAUUUGUUCCGGAUCAUACCGGGUCGGGUCAGACCAUGUUCGAUUUAGGUACCCAAUUCACGUUCUUACUUGGCCCGGUUUAUAGUGCAUUGAGAGGUGAGUUUUUGAGUCAAACAAAUAAUACCCUACGGGUAUUGGAUGAUCCGAAUUUUGUGUUUCAAAUAGCAAUAGAUCUUUGUUACCGGGUACCCAUGAACCAAUCAAAAUUACCCGAGUUACCAAGUGUUAGUUUAGUUUUUGAAGGGGCCGAGAUGAGAGUUUCGGGUGAACAGCUUUUAUAUCGGGUACCGGGUCAGAUCCGAGGGAAUGAUUCGGUUUAUUGCUUCACAUUUGGGAACUCGGAUCUACUGGGUGUUGAAGCCUUCAUCAUUGGUCAUUACCAACAACAGAACAUGUGGGUGGAGUUUGAUGUUGUGAAAUCUAGGGUUGGUUUGGCUCAUGCACAUUGUGAUUUGGUUGGCCAGAGAGUACUUGGUUUAAGGUAA